GCCACGUCGCCAGUGGAGGGCUAAACAGGAAAAUUUCCAUUCGCUGUCUUGCUGAAUCUCUCAAGAAAUACAAUAAUGGCCCAGUUUCAAGAAGUAACCCAGAAGUCCAUGCAGCAUCCCAAACCCAAGGGCUUGGAUCUGCAGUAUGGCACUGCUGGCUUUAGAGACAACGCCCAACACCUGGACCACAUCAUGUUCCGAAUGGGCCUACUAGCCACACUCCGCUCCAAAAAGACCAAAGCCACCAUCGGAGUGAUGGUCACUGCCUCACACAAUCCUGAGGAAGACAAUGGGGUGAAGCUGAUUGACCCUAUGGGGGAGAUGGUGACCCCGGCCUGGGAGGUCUAUGCCACCCAGUUAGCCAAUGCAGAGGAAGAAGAUUUGCUAACCGCUCUAAAAGACAUCAUAGAGAGGGAGGGCAUAAACCUGGCCGAGGAAGCCAAUGUUUUUGUGGGAAAAGAUACCAGGAGCAGUAGUGCCAGCCUAUCACAGGCAGUGUUGGAUGGAGUCUCUGCCCUUGGUGGUCACAGUAAAGACUAUGGUUUGGUGACCACACCUCAGCUCCAUUACAUGGUGUGCUGCCAGAACACACAAGGUCGAUACGGAGAAGCUACAGUAGAGGGAUACUACAACAAAUUGUCCCAAGCUUUCCUUCAACUCACCAGUGAUGUGCCCAAUCGAACAGAUGACCAGAAGCACCUUGUGGUAGAUGGUGCCAAUGGGAUUGGGGCUCUGAAGAUUCGGGAGAUGGAAGGACACAUAAAGAAGGGGCUUCAGAUAUCCCUUUUCAACGAUGGCACUGGUGGAAAGCUCAACUACCAGUGUGGAGCUGACUUUGUCAAAGUGCAACAGAAAGCUCCUGCAGAUAUUAAGAUGAAUGUGGGAGAGCGUUGCUGUUCAUUCGAUGGCGAUGCGGAUCGUAUAGUGUAUUACUACAGUGACACUGAAGGAAGGUUCCAUCUGCUGGAUGGAGACAAGAUAGCCACACUUAUCAGUACUUUCCUCAAAGAGUUGCUCACACAGGCUGGCCUCAACCUAAAGAUAGCGGUUGUGCAAACUGCUUAUGCAAAUGGCAGCUCAACACACUACCUGGAGGAUACUAUGAAAGUAAUAGUGAGGUGUACCAAGACUGGAGUUAAGCACCUUCACCACGCAGCCCAGGAGUUUGACAUAGGUGUGUACUUCGAGGCCAAUGGCCAUGGAACGGUGUUGUUCAGUAAAGCUGCUGAGGAGAAGAUCCAGCAAUUAGUCGAUUCCAGCUCAAGUGAUGAAAGGAGGAGCGCAGCUAUACUGCUGCACAACACUGUCAACCUCAUUAACCAGACAGUAGGUGAUGCCAUUUCUGACAUGCUAAUAAUUGAAGCUAUACUAGCCAUCAAGGGCAUGACUGUCCAACAGUGGGAUGCCAUCUACACUGACCUGCCCAACAGGCAGCUCAAAGUCAAGGUGUCAGACCGCAGGGUGAUAGACACUACAGAUGCAGAGAGACGCACAGUGAGCCCAGCAGGACUUCAGGGGGCCAUCGACAGCUUGGUAAAAAAGUACAGAAAGGCGCGUUCCUUUGUCAGGCCCUCCGGUACAGAGGAUGUGGUCAGAGUAUACGCUGAAGCCGAGACACAGGAGAGUGCUGAUGCCCUGGCAAAUGAAGUCAGCCUCGCUGUGUAUCGCCUUGCAGGGGGAGUAGGAGAUGAACCCAAGCUCUUACAGUAAAGAUAUAUAUAUAUACACACACAGCCUAUGCACUUCUUUGAAUAAUCUUGUAUUUUUAAAAUAUUGGUUCUCCCUUGAAUACAUGAUUUUCAAAAGCAAUGGUUGAACAAUAUUGCCUUUUUGGGAAUGGCCCAAAUGACUUUAUACUGUAAAUUGCACUCAGGAUUAAGGUAUUAAACAGUGCGUUUGCAUAUCUUUAUAUUCCUGUUUUGCUGUAAAAGAAAAGUACCCAUGGAAUGAGACAAUGAAGGCAGUCGAUGCUAAAUCAGCAGUUGGCCUCCAUACAGUACUGUUUGUGCAGCACAUCUGAACCUGACUGUAUGAAUGUGCGUAAGAUACAAUUUACUCACUAUGUAAUGUAAUUAAGGUAUGAAUUACCUGUCUGCCAUGAAAUGAGUUUUUAUUAUAUGUAGCUCUAGCUCCUAUUGUGGAGUUAACUGUAAUCUAUAUGCUAUUUUGUUUUUUUGAAUAAUUUUUUAUGAUGGUGUAAAGGAGAAGAAGGUUUACAUGGGGCAAUUGUCCAGAUCUCAAUGGGGAGGAUUAUGCUGCUAUAGUUGACUUCCAUAAAUAGAGGUAAAUGAAUCAAUGAGGAAAAUGUGAAUAAAAUGAUGAAAAGUGAUUUAAAGGUUUCUCUCUUUAGGUAGACUUAAACCGGUGUUAUAACUCCAGUUUUUAAAAUUACAUACUUGUUCAAAUAAAGAGCAAACU